AUGAAUAAUAUAAUAACACCAGAUGAAAUAAAUUGUAAAGCAAGAGCAAUAUUUGAUUUUAAUGCUGAAAAUGAUAAUGAAAUUUCAUUAAUUGAAGGACAAAUCAUUUGGAUUAGUUAUAGACAUGGUCAAGGUUGGUUAGUUGCUGAAGAUCCAGAAAAUGGUGAAAAUGGUUUAGUACCUGAAGAAUAUGUUGAAAUUAUACGAGAUAUUGAAUUAGGAGUAGGAUUAAAUGGAGAUCAAGAUGAUGAGGAUGUUCCUAAACGAUUCAUGUCAGAGAUAUUUGGUGAUGAUGAUGAUGUUAAUACUAGACAAACAGAAGAAGAAGAUAGUGAAUGGGUUGAUACUGAUGAAGAAGAGGAAGAGGAAAAAGAACAACAACACCAAAGAGAAGGAGAAGAAGAAGAGAUUAGUAUGAAAUUGAAGAAUGUUGAAAUAUGA